CAUCAUAUAAAACACACAAUGGUGCUUCUCUCUCUGGUCCCUUUACUCUUCUCUCUUUAGUAGAUCUCACUCAUUUAAUGCAUUUCACUUACAAAAAUAUACACCAUACUAUAAUACUAUUAAUUAACACCUACUGUGCUUAAUUAAUUUCAUUAUCCACCAAAACGAUGUCGGAUCACCCCGACGGCGCUUCCGAAAUCUCAGCGAGCAACUCAUCCAGGAGUCUCGCUGAGUUACCGGAACUCACCGCCAUACGAUUCGGACUCGAUCUUGUAUCGGCGGCUAGGCGAAACAUCGUGUUCCUGAGGACUGUUUCGGAUUCUCUGUGGCUCCACCACACGCCCAUUGUGGUGGAAGCCAUACGCAGGUACCAUGAUGUGUGGAUGCCGUUGAUUUCCGAUCUGACGGCCCCGGACUUCCCUCUUCCUAUGAUUCUCCCUCCCUUCGAUGUCGAGUGGGUUUGGUUCUGCCACACUCUCAACCCUGUGAGUUGCUUCAAAGAAUGAAAUUAAAACAUGACAUUUAUUAACAGUAAAGGGAAUACCUUGGACGAGGAGAACAGAGAGUACGCGGUGAUGCGGUGCAGGGAGAUAUGGAGCGCCGAGUUCCCCUCCGAGUCGUUUGAGAACGAAGCGAGUUCUGACUCGGAGGAGGAGGACUCAAUUGGCACCAUUGUUGAUGAAGAGGGUGGUGAUCUUCUGAAGGAAGUUAUGGAGAAGAGGAAGUGGUUGUGCUCUGUGUUUGAGGAGCCGUACAGGUGCGAGGUGGUGUACUUGAUAGCGGCGAGGCAGAGGUACAAGGCGUUCUUGUAUUUGGCGCACAAGAGGUUAGUGGCGCUUCAAUCUGGUUCCUGUUUGGUGCCAGCUUCGGAUAUCUUGUUGAUGUGGCUGACCCACCAGAGUUAUCCAACAGUGUAUGUGGAAGACAUGAAAGCAUUAGGCUUAGAUGUUGAUCUGGAAAAGGUGGCAAUGGUUUCUCAAACUGUGAAGGAGAAGGAAUUUGAAGAAAUAAGGAAGUUGUGGGGGACAGAAUUCAAUCAACCUUAUGAGAAAGCUGGUGGAGAGAUCACUUCGCUGUCAUUGGAAGGGGCUACCUAUGCAAUUUCCCCCGUCUACUGGGUUGAAUCAGACACAGAUGUCAAUACAAAAUACAGGUCCAUGCUUCCAAGGUUCUUACUUGAGGCCUGUGUAUUUGUGAAGCUUAACUCAAGGAUAAAGGCGUUGCAAAAGGAUAUAAACCGUGAUUUCAUAAGACUUCGUACUAUAAGGUGUCAUACUGAGUUAAAGCUAGAUAAAUCCAUCUCCAGUUUCCCCUAUGAUUCAUGGAAAAAAGCUUGGCAUCUUUACUGUGAAUUUGGGACUAAGGGGGUUAUUAUUGAGUAUCGUCGACAAGGUGGUAGCUGUCUUAAAGGAAGUACUCUGCAAGACACUGUUUCAUUUAGCUGGAAUGAUUUAUUGAGAGCUGAUUCUCUAACUUCGGAAAAGAAAAUUAGUCAGCGUGUGAAUAUUGUUGCAUCAAUAACCCCGCCAGUUCAAGCACCGUACUUGUUGAAAUGUGUUCCUGAUCGAGUAACAGAUGAUUCCGGAGCAAUGAUAUCUGAUGUGAUUCUGAAGAUGAAUAGCUAUCACCCGCAAGAAGGACGAUGGCUGUCUCGUACAGUUCUUGAUCAUGCAGGAAGAGUGUGUUUUGUUAUUAGAAUUAGGGUAGGAGGAGGAUUUUGGAGAAGAGGAGGUGAAACUCCUUUGGCUGUGAAAUGGGAAGAAAGGAUUAUAGAGAUACGUGAAGGAUCUUGGUCUUAUGUUGCUGGUUCCAUUGGUAGAGCCCCUGGUAUGUUUUGUGCACAAGUUACUUUACCUAAAAUCUUGGGUGUGUUUAUCAUGGCUUCUUCAAAGGCACUUGGACAUAUAUGAGUCAGAGUUGUAAGCUAGGAAGUUAGAACCAACAAGUUUGAAGAAUAAACCAUCUUGGUCUUACGUUAGUUCUUUCAUGUUAGUUUGGAUUCAAAGAUUAUUGAAAGGAAGGUCGUUUCUAACACUUGAGGGGGAAAAAAUAUCAGCAUUUUCUCCUCUCCUCAAUGAGAUUACAUUUUGCUUUGGAAUUAAAAUUCUGUCGACGCUCACACUCUUCUUUAUAACCGAGCUAGCUAUUAAAUGCCAAAAUUGCAUGUGUUUCUGUCAUGGAUCGCCAUUUUGAUGUACACUUCAUGCUUGCCAGCAAAACCAUAAUCCUAGAUGACACAGUUU